CUGGCAUUCAAGGUCUCCCCCAGCCUUCCCCGCCCCCCUAAAGCCGCCCCUCAAACUAAAUAAAAACCGGAUCAAACAGCAGAAGCCGGGCUUCUGGAAAGCGCUGAAUACCAGUUGCACCUCGGCGGCUCUGCCACCGCUCCCUGGGAGAUGCGUGCGUUGUUAGCCCCGUUUUAGAGACGGGGAAACCAAGGCAUACCCAAGCUAGCGCCAGAAGCUGCAUUUGAACUCGGGUCUCUCCGAGUCCUGCACCACCACAAGCCCCAGGUCUCUACAGCCUCUUCCCGCCUAAGACGGGUCACGUGGAGAAGGACGGGCCAAUGGCAGAGCUGCUCCGGCUCAGCUUCCGCAAGCCCCUGCCGAAGCUCCCGCGUGCUCCUGCCGGCCAAGAAGCCCCAGCGCCCCGACCAUGGGCCCUUCCUUGGCCGCUCUGCUCUGCCUCCAACUCUGUGCGGUCCGCGCCUAUGAAUUCUUCGACUUCCCGGGACCCUCGUUGGAAGCUUGGCCCAAGACCCCCGUGCCGCUGGGGGGCAACCUGGUCCUGCACUGCAAGGGGGGGCACGAGCGGGGCUUGUACCGCCUCUACAGGGAGGCCGUGGAGGAGCCCGUGGCCUUCGAGGACUCGUGCCAGGAGAGCUGGAGCUCCCUGUUCAUGUACUCCAACGUGAGCACGGCGCACACGGGCCGCUUCCGCUGCCACUACAGCUUCCACUCGUUCUGGUCCAAGCUCAGCGACCCCCUGGACGUGCCGGUGUCCGAUCUCUAUGAAAAACCUUCCCUGUGGGUAGUUCCUGGCCUCAUUGUGCCCACAGGAAAGAAUUUCACCUUGUACUGCCGGUCCGAAGUGGGCUUGGACAGGUUCGUCUUGUACCACGACUUUCUGGAGGAGGGAUUUGAGACCAUCUUGCCCGAGAAGAUCCAGAAGAAUAAGGCCACCUUCUCCUUCUUCAACAAAACAGACGCGAUGGAUGGCUCUUACCAAUGCUUUGGUUUCAUGAGUAGUGAACCUUUCUACUGGUCCAACAGUAGCGACAUCCUGAUGCUAAGCAGAGCGGUCCCUUCCAGGUAUUGUAGCCCAGUUCAUCUUGCGCACGCGGUCCUGACCCUGGAGAUCCUGAGAGUCUUCCUGACCGAGUCCUGGCACAAACCGCACCAAUGGAUGCAGAAUUGAAGCCAGAAGACCCAAGUCUGAGGAGCAGGAGGAAGGCAGGCAGAGCUCCAAGACCCCCACAUGCCCCUGUCACACUGGGACGAUCAAUAAACAGCUGGUUGUG